CGUUGCCUAGUUAUCAUGCCGAAUAUGGGAGGCUCGGGUAAGAGUCGCGAGGUUCUUCCAAAUCUGUGGGACAGCUGACGGCCGAAACGCCGAGAGCUGACGGGUCGAGACGCAGUUCGUGCGCGGAGCAACGUACCGUGGCGCUGCAUGACCUGCAGGAACUUGACAAUGACCUUGGACGAAGGGCGGAUCAUGACCUGGCGCUUGCCGGCCUUCUCGGCGUUGUUGAUGCUGUUGAGGGCAUCGUGCAGGACGGAAGUGCGGACCAUGUUGGCGGUUCUGGUGUGGUCGAGAUGGAGAUUCUCAAAUCGUCAAGAGGAUAAGAGGUAUCUGCCAGCGUGCCGAAGCGCGUUACGUUAGCCUUUCGAGGCUCGAUGAGCGUGGAGAGUGCC